ACUGUCGAGAUUGAAGUUCCAACUCCAACCACUACCAUCACUUCCACUUGGACUGGUACUGAAACCACCACUACUACUCACACUGCUCCACCAGGAGGAACUGUUACCGUAGAAGUUGAUGUUCCAGGUUCUUACACUACUGAGACCACAACUUGGCCAGAGUCCUACACUUCUACUACAACAAUUCCUAACACUACAGGUGGAACUGGUACUGUUGAAAUUGAAGUUCCAACUCCAACCACUACCAUCACUUCCACUUGGACUGGUACCGAGACCACCACCACUACUCACACUGCUCCUCCAGGAGGAACUGUUACCGUAGAAGUUGAUGUUCCAGGUUCUUACACUACCGAAACUACUACUUGGCCAGAGUCUUACACUUCUACCACAACUAUUCCAAACACCACUGGUGGAACUGGAACUGUCGAGAUUGAAGUUCCAACUCCAACCACUACCAUCACUUCCACUUGGACUGGUACUGAAACCACCACUACUACUCACACCGCUCCACCAGGAGGAACUGUUACCGUUGAAGUUGAUGUUCCAGGCUCAACUUCUUCAUCGUCAGUAGUUUCUUCUUCAUCGUCAAGUUCAAGUACUUCAUUGAUAUCUUCAACUUUAUCAUCAUCAACAUACUCCAGUAUUGUCUACUGGAACUCGUCAAGCUCAAUCCCACCAUCAUCCACAGUUUCGUCUACUAUUAUUCCAAGUACGUCAUCAUCAGCCGUACCAAGCACCUCAUCUUCGGUUGUUUCAAGUUCUUCAUCAUCAGUCGUACCAAGCACUUCCUCUUCGGUCGUGUCAAGUAUUGUACCAAGCACUUCAUCCUCGGUUGUUUCUAGUUCUUCAUCACCAGUUGUACCAAGCACCUCAUCCUCGGUUGUUUCUAGUUCUUCAUCACCAGUUGUACCAAGCACCUCAUCUUCGGUUGUUUCUAGUUCUUCAUCACCAGUUGUACCAAGUACUUCUUCAUCAAUCGUUCCAAGUGCUUCUUCAUCAACUAGUCCAGGCAGUCCUCCAACAACUGGUCCAAGUGCUUCUUCAUCAGUUCCAAGUACCCCAAUUGUUACUACAAGUACUUCAACUGAGACUGAUUCAAGUUCUUCGAGUGUAAGUACAACAACUUCGCCAGCUGUACCAAGUACUCCUGGCGCAUCGACUGCUGAAACUACUACCACAGUCCCAGCAAUCACCGAGACCACCACAUCAGCUCCACCAGCUGCUCCUACUUCUGACACUACGACACCUGAAGCUCCAGUGGACGUCACUACAGCACCUGAAACCCCAGUGGCCGUCACUACAACUACUAGCGCUACUGGAACAUCCACACCAGGCGAAGGUGCCCCAGUAGAAACCACUUCUACCGUUGCCACCGAGGAAACUCCAGUGACAACACCAGUAGGCUCAGUAACAACUUCUGCACCUGCAGAAUCACCAUCUGCUGUAACUACAUUAGGUACUUCAUCUGUUAGCUCAGCUUCUGCAUCUUCAGCAGUAACUAUCCCUCAAGCUAACAGCGGAUCAAAGAGCAAAUACUCGAUAUUAUCAUUAUUGAUGAUUGUUCCACUUUAUUUCGUCUAA